ACUUCCGUUUCCGUCCAGCAGCCUAGGAGCAAACACAACAUGGCGAAGGCCGGCGGAAAGAGUGGCGGCGGCGGGAAGAAAAGCAUGAAAAGGAAAGCUGCUGCCGAAGAGUCUCCGGAGGCUGAGGUCGUUGCUGGAGAUGCGGCGACGGAAAACGGGGUCCAACCCCCAAAGGCAGCUGCCUUUCCCCCCGGCUUCAGCAUUUCAGAGAUCAAGAACAAACAGCGGCGACACCUGAUGUUCACGCGGUGGAAACAGCAGCAGCGGAAGGAAAAGUUGGCAGCAAAGAAGAAGCUUAAAAAGGAGAGAGAUGCUCUUGGUGAUAAGGCUCCACCAAAACCUAUACCCAAGACCAUUGACAACCAACGAGUUUAUGAUGAAACCACUGUAGACCCUAAUGAUGAAGAGGUUGCUUAUGAUGAAGCCACAGAUGAAUUUUCUUCUUAUUUCAACAGACAAACUUCUCCCAAAAUUCUCAUCACCACUUCAGAUAGACCUCAUGGGAGAACAGUGCGACUUUGUGAACAACUGUCCACAGUUAUACCAGAUUCACAUGUUUAUUAUAGAAGAGGACUGGCUCUGAAGAAAAUUAUUCCACAGUGUAUCUCAAGAGACUUCACAGAUCUGAUUGUUAUCAAUGAAGAUCGUAAAAUACCAAAUGGACUUAUUUUGAGUCACUUACCAAAUGGUCCAACUGCUCAUUUUAAAAUGAGCAGCGUUCGACUUCGAAAAGAAAUUAAGAGAAGAGGGAAAGACCCCACUGAACAUAUACCUGAGAUAAUUCUGAAUAAUUUUACUACACGGCUGGGUCAUUCAAUUGGACGUAUGUUUGCUUCUCUUUUCCCCCAUAAUCCUCAAUUUAUUGGAAGGCAGGUUGCCACAUUCCACAAUCAGCGAGAUUAUAUCUUCUUCAGAUUUCACAGAUACAUAUUCAAGAGUGAAAAGAAAGUGGGAAUUCAGGAACUUGGACCACGUUUUACCUUAAAACUAAGGUCUCUACAGAAAGGAACCUUUGAUUCUAAAUAUGGAGAGUAUGAAUGGGUCCACAAGCCACGUGAAAUGGAUACAAGUCGAAGAAAGUUCCAUUUAUAAAGUACUGGAGGGACACUAUUAGGUUUUGCUGUAAAAGCUUAUCUUGAACUUGGAGCAAUUACUUGAUCCAACAUCCUUUUCAAAUGGUCUUUCUUGAUUUCCUACACCAAUCAUGUAAGAAUAGCAAUGCCCAUAAGUUGUAUUGUAUGUUAUUUAGCAAGAACAAAUAAAAGUAUUUUUUGUAUGGG